AUGGACUUGUGGAUCCCAAAUGAAGAACCUGCCAUCCUACCCCUACAGUACAACAGGCAUCCUGGAAGGCCGAGGACCAAAAGGUUUAAGGAUGCUUCUGAGAAGGAGAAUGAAGGCCCCAAGCUUGGAAGGGUGCAGAAAUCUCUGAGGUGCUUCAACUGUAACCAAUUGGGUCACAAUAUUAAGAGUUGUCAUAGACACCUCCCACCAAAGACAGCAGCAGUCAAGGGUAGCAAGAAGAGAAAGCUGAACAGUGGAGAGGCAUCAUCUUCUCAGCCAAAGGGUACCAAAGAGCCCUUGAAGAGCAAGAAUGAACUCAGAGCUAAGGCAGCAAAGAAAGCUGAAGCAGCAAAGAAAAAGAGGGAUGAAAAGAGGGCAACAGCAAAGGAAGCAAGAGGAUCUACUCCAACUAGAGGAAGACCACUGAAAGCUGCUUCAAACAAUGGUAAAGUGGCUUCAAGCAAGGGUAAAGCAGCUUCUGCACCACAAGCUUCCCAAGGUUCGUCAAGGUCAUAUGUGAGGAUCAGGGAUAAUGCAAGGAAUGCUGGAAAAUGGGAAUGCAGCCAAGGUUAG